AUGUCUAAAGAAGAGAAAGAAUCAAGUGUUGAAGCUGUUGAAUCAUCAACUGAAGACUCCUCCAAAAAGAGAACUUUAGAUGAAGCUGAAGGUGAUCAAUUAGAAAUUGAUUUAAAUUUAGCUGCACCAUUAUCUAAAAAACAAAAACGUUUAUUAAGAAGAGGUAAAUUAGAUUUAGAAAAAUUAGAAAAAAAAAAUCCAAAACCUAAACCAGCAAAUUUUGAAGAAACUAAAGGUGAAGAUGAAUCUAGUGAAAAGAAAGAAAGACCACCAAGAAUUGGUGUAUGGAUUGGUAACUUAUCAUUUGAUACUACAAAAGACGAUUUAAUUAGAUUUAUUACAUUGAAAACUCAAGAUUUACCAGAACAUUCAGAUGAAUUAAGUGAAGAUGAACCAGUUAAAGUUGAAGAAAAAAAUAUUGUUAGAGUUAAUUUACCAACUCAAGGUAGAGAUAGUAAAAAAAUUAAAGGUUUUGCAUAUAUUGAUUUUAGUACUAAAAAUCAUCAACGUUCAGUUAUAAAUUUAUCGGAACAACAAUUAAAUGGUAGAAAUUUAUUAAUUAAAAAUUCAGAUUCAUUUGAAGGUAGACCAAAUAAAGAAGAAGCUCAAUUAUCCAAAAAUCCACCAUCAAGAAUUUUAUUUGUUGGUAAUUUAUCAUUUGAUACAACUGAAGAAAUGUUACAUCGUCAAUUUGUUCAUUGUGGUGAAUUAAUUAAAAUAAGGAUGGCAACAUUUGAAGAUAGUGGUAAAUGUAAAGGUUUCGCAUUUUUAGAUUUUAAAGAUGAAGAAGGUCCAACAAAGGCAUUAAAAGAUAAAAGUUGUAAAAAAUUAUUAAAUAGACCAUUAAGAAUGGAAUUUGGUGAAGAUAGAAGUAAAAAAGCACCAAAAAAUAGUAAACCAAGAAAUAAUAAUGGUGAUAAUGAUAAUGGUAAUAAACCAUCAUUUAAUGAAGAAUCAAAUUCAUCUUCAAGUGCACCAGUUGAACCAGCACCAAUUUACAGAGAAAGAUCACAAAAUUCAAAACCAAGAAGAAGUAGAGAACCAAAAAACAAACCUAGACCAAUUUCUAGUGUUGCUUUAGCAGGUGCUCAAAGAGCAAGUGUAGCAAUUGUGGAAUCAAAAGGUAAAAAGACAACUUUUUAA